CGUCACAGUAAACUUCAGCUUGAAGUUAUUCGCUUAUAUCGAGAAUUUUUACGAACUGUUCAACAAAUAGAAACUAAAUCAAAGUCAGAAAAUAACAACAACAUUUCCUCGAACAGAAGUUCUAAUCCCAGUCAACUUAGAGAAUUUAUUCGUUCCGAGUUUCGAUCUCAAGCAGCUGCCUAUAAAAAGACAGACACUUUUGGUAUUGAAGCUGCCCUACGUAGAGGUCAAAGACGCUUGGAGGACAUCAAAUCAGGGACCGUCAUAAACAUUAAGAAAAUAUCUGUUGGUCAACAAGAUCAUGGUGGACAAACAACUGAUCGGAAAGAUUAAGCGUCUUAUCGAUGUUCUCAACAAAGAUCGCAGUAACUAUGUGGCGUCUUUUGCUUAUGGAUCUGUAGUCUUCCCACAGAAAGGCAGAACAACAAGUAAUUCACUAAUCGACCUAAUCAUUAUUGCUCAUGAUCCUGUUGAAUGGCAUUUAAAGAAUAUCUCCGAAAAUCCUAACCAUUACAACACCUUACUUCGCAGUUUCUCCAAGACAUAUCAAUCAUCCUACUUCAAAAUGUUUCUCUGUCAAGCUCCUGGUCCUAAAGUCUAUUAUAAUCCUUUCAUUGAAUGGAAUGAUCCACUUGAUAACAAUAAAAAAGUUUCAUUUAAGUAUGGUGUUGUUGGAAUUCAAAGUAUCCUAUCUGACCUAUCGACAUGGUCACAUCUUUACAUAGCUGGACGUCUUCAAAAACCUGUCUUAUGGAUAUCUGAUGACUCUAAGCUAUCCUCAUCUCAAAGUUAUGCUGAACAAUUACAUACAUUACAAAAUAAAAAUCUUCUUGCUUCUAUGUCCUAUGCAAUUCUCUUAAACUAUCCAAAGCGUUUUCCGAUUAGUGAAUAUGAUUUAUACUGUAGUAUUGCAUCAAUCUCUUACACUGGUGAUUGGCGUAUGAUUAUUGGCGAAGAUCGUCAGAAAAUCAAACGUUUAGUAUACGGUGACAAUCGACUAGGUGAAUUUCGUUCCCUGUAUAGAAACGCCUUGAAUUCCCUUGAAUCAUAUGGUUUUUCUAUUCAAACUCAGUCAAAAUCGUCACUAGACGAACGUGAAUCCUCCUAUUGCCUUGUAUGUUCCAAUGAAAAUGCUGAAAUUAUUCUUCACUUAUUAACCAAUAUACCUGAUCAUAUAUGUUUAUUAUCUGUUAAAGAUGAUAUUCAUUCUAUUGAUAAUCCUGCUAAAGCUCGUGAAUUUUUAGCCAAUCUAUCGCAUACAGAACGGAAUCAAAGAUUGUGUAAUACAGUAUCUAGUAUAGUUCGGUGGUCUAGUCUAUAUCAAACUGGUUUAGGUUUAAUCUCAGCUGGACCUAAACGAUCCUUACAGUAUGCAUUUGCAAAGCUAGCUAAAAUGUUUUCAAGUUUAGGAGGUAACAAAUAAAAACAAAAGUAGGUAUAUAUUCACAUUCAUUUCUUGUACAUAGUCUGUGCCAAACCAUAUUUUAUUAGUCAUGAUUUUAUGCACAUAUCUUCUUACCUUGUGUAAUAACUUCUUUUUUUAGUUUUCUUCUGAUAGAAAUUGUACUUUUUUUAAUAUGAC